CGGAAAGAUGGCAUCCUCGAGUACUGUACGCGCACUGCGUGCCGUCAAGCACGAUAUAGAGCUCUUCAACCAAACUUCAGCGAAGUUAUUCAAGCAGCGCAGGUUCUUGAGACUACUCAAUCCUAUGCGCGUCGCGUAUCUUUUGCUCGAUAUAUUCUACAUCGCGAUACAGCUCGUCAUCUUGUUCUUUUUCAAACCGCCUGUUCCAAAAAGCGAUGAACUAAAGAAGCCGUUUGGCAAAAUUGCCGUCGUCGGUGCUGGCUUAACCGGAAUCUCAUCCGCUGCCCACUGUGUCUCGCACAACUUCGAUGUUGUAAUUUUUGAAUCAUCCGACCGACCAGGAGGUAUCUGGGCCCACGUUAACAAAACGUCGGGUCUGCAGCUCAACUCGAUGCUAUACCGUUUCCAUCCUUCACUAUUGUGGUCGCUCGCGUUCCCGCAGAGGGACGAUAUCGUCGGUGAAAUUACAAGGAUUUGGAAAGAAUACAGGCUCGAGUCGCGGACUCGUUUCAACACUCCCGUAACUUCAGCCAAACGUGCGCCAGGAAGUUCUUCUCCCGGUUCUAAAUGGAUCAUCAACGACAACGAAGACGAGAUGUUCGACGCUAUCAUCGUCACUAUUGGAACGUGUGGAAAACCGCAGAUGGUCGGGUUCCCAGGUAUGCCGAAGGAUAAGGCGCCACCGAAGAAAGAGAAGAAGGGCGGUGACGAGAAGAAGCAAGGAAAGAAACAAGAGAACGGUAAAUCACAAGAGGACCACCACGAACCUAAAGAAAAAGACGACUCCCCCGAGAUCGAUAGUUCUCCUACCCAAGACUCAGGCUCACUUCCAAGCCCCACAGAUCCCCGUCAAGCCGGCGCCCCCAGCUAUUCUGCCAUGGCAAAGACGGAACCUACGGGUGAGAAUCAUGUGGUUGUUGCACAGGGUGAUGGCGCCGACGAACUGCGUGAAGAGUCGCCGGACGGGAAGAGGCCUGGUGAGCCCGCUGACGAGGGUAAUCAAGACGAGGACGAGGAGGUAUACGAGGGACAGCUUAUGCACUCGAGCGAAUUGGACGAUAAGGAUGUGAAGGGGAAAACUGUUGUUGUCGUUGGCUCGGGGGCUAGUGGGGUAGAGGCUGUUGAGACGGCACUAGACAGAGGGGCAAAGGAAGCUAUCAUGAUUGCCAGGGAUGACAAGUGGAUCAUUCCUAGGAAUAUUAUCGUGGACACUGCGAUUUCGGCGCAGCCAUUUGGGAGGGAGAUGCCACUCAGCUUCCUUUGGGAGGGCUUCCUCAAACAUUGGCAUUACCGCGGAGUCGAGGACCUCGUCCCCGUCGACAAAGGUAUCUAUGAAGGUACACCGGUUGUCAACGAUGAUUUCCUGCAACACGUCCGUUCCGGCUCCUGCACCUACAUCCGCGGCGACACACUCCGUCUCACCAAAUCCGGCGUCGAAGUCCGCGUCCGACCCCGCGGCUCUAAACCCGGUGACAAAGGUCCCUCUCACUCCCCACCACCCGAGAAAUCGAACGCCAAAUCCAACGAGUAUCCCAUCAAGGAGAUCAAAGGCGAGGCGGUCGUGCUAGCGACUGGAUUCGAGAAGCCGAGCGUCGACUUUUUGCCGGAGGAUCUGUUUCCGGGGGAUUAUGGCAGGCCGAACUUGUACUUGCAGAAUUUUGCGACGGAGGAUUGGAGCAUAUUGAUGACGAAUUCGUCGUACUUGAAUGCGAUCGGGACAGUUGGCCAUAUCCAUAUCGGGAUUUAUACGCGUAUCUUGCUGAUCUUCCUUAUGGAUGAGUAUGCGCGCCCGCCACCGAAGGAUAUGAAGCUUUGGGUGGACGCAAUCGGGUUCGUGAAGCGUGGUGCGAAGGGUGGUGCGCUUGGGUUUUUCACUUAUAUGGAGCUCACUAUCUGGUUCUUGCUGUUCCACAUCUUCCGACCGGAUAGGAUUCGCUGGGUGUUUUUCUCGAUGCAAGGAUGGGGGCUAAACGUGAACAAGAUCAAUGCGAAAGCUUGAAGUACUUCUCGAGGCAGAUUUCUUGAAGAAAACACUAUCCUUACACCGUAGCCGUUUGUAUGGGCGCAUUAGACUGAAAGAUUUAUUGACACAGUAUCUAUCACUAUUCUGUACUGCCGCAUCAGC